AUGGUUUUAUACACUUCCCCAUUUCCCAACAGCUUUCUGUCAGUUCUGCAUUCUUUUUCCUGGGGCCUGAUUUUUCCAUGUUACUGGUUAGCAGAUAGGCUCGUGGGCUCUUUUGUUCCCACCACCUAUGAAAAGCGUCAAAGAGCAGAUGAUCCGUGUUAUUUUCAUGCCCUCUGCAUCAUUAUUACCACUCCCAUCUACUUGGCACUCUUGGUAGCUUCUCUUCCUUUUGCUCUGAUUGGCUUCUUGUUAUGGUCCCCUCUCCAGUCAGCCAGAAGGCCAUAUAUCUACUCCAGACUAAAAGACAAGAACCAUGCCAGUGGAGCCACACUGCUCACUGAAUGGAAGGCUGCAGGGAAUGGGAAAAGCUUCUGCUUUGGCAGUGCCAAUGUUUGCCUGCUGCCAGAUUCUCUGGCAAGAUUUAAUAACGUUUUCAAUACACAGGCCAGGGCUAAAGAGAUUGGCCGGAGGAUCCGAAAUGGAGCAAGCAGACCACAGAUCAAAAUAUAUAUAGAUUCUCCUACCAACACAUCCAUCAGUGCAGCAAGUUUUAGCAGCUUGGUCUCCCCCCAGGGUGGAGAUAGCACUAAUCGUACUGUUAAUGCUGGCAUCAAAAGGACAACAUCGAUGGAGUAUAAGGGAGACAAUUCUGGCUCAAACAACAGUGAGGACAGUAGAGAAGGUAAAAGUGGAGCUGGAGAGCCAAAUGAGGGAGAAGAAAACACCUGCAUUGUCCGCAUAAAUGGAGAGGAUAAUGGCCACAUGUCAGACACAGAAACAGAUAACGUCAAUGGCCAGGCUCAUGCCAGUGGCCCUGCAGAGCCACUGGAAGGUGACACUGAGAUCUCAAAAACCCCGAACCACAAGCAGAAGGAAGGAGAUUCUGGGAGUUUAGACAGCUACUCUGCCUCACGAGAGUCCUUAGUUAAAGUUCGUGUUGGAGAUGGUACAGUCGACCAAAGCACUGUCAACAACAAGCUCCUCUACAAAGCCUCAAUCAUGAAGAAGACUUCAGUGCGGAAAAAGAAACAUACAGAUGAGACCUUUGAUCAUGAGAUCUCUGCUUUCUUCCCUGCCAACUUGGACUUUCUGUGUUUGCAGGAAGUGUUUGACAAAAGAGCUGCAGAGAAAUUGAAAGAACAGCUUCAUCACUAUUUUGAAUACAUUGUCUAUGAUGUUGGAGUCUACAGUUGCCACAGCUGCUGUAGCUUUAAGUUUGUGAACAGUGGUCUACUUUUUGCCAGCCGCUAUCCUGUUAUGGAUGCUGCCUAUCACUGUUACCCCAAUGGAAGAGGAAUGGACUCCUUGGCUUCCAAGGGAGCCUUGUUUCUCAAGGUGCAAGUGGGAAGUACACCUCAGGACCAAAGAAUUGUGGGAUACAUUUCCUGCACUCACUUGCAAGCUAUUGCAGGAGAUACUACUGUUCGAUGUGAGCAACUGGAUAUGCUUCAAGAUUGGCUGUCUGAAUUCAGAAAAUCUACCUCCUCCUCCAGUACAGCCAAUCCAGAGGAGCUGGUGGCUUUUGAUGUCAUCUGUGGAGAUCUCAACUUUGAUAACUGCUCCUCUGAGGACAAGCUGGAGCAACAGCAUUCUCUGUUUACACGCUACAAAGACCCAUGUCGAAUUGGUCCUGGGGAGGAUAAACCAUGGGCAAUCGGUACCUUGUUGGAUCCUGAAGGAUUGUAUGAUGAUGAAGUGUGCACUCCAGAUAACCUACAGAAGGUGCUGGAAAGUGAAGAAGGAAGGAAAGGAUACUUAGUCUUUCCCACCACGAAGAACCACAGUUCCAGUCAAAAGGGGAGGAAGGCAUCAUUGAAAGGAAAUGGGAGGAGGAUUGACUAUAUGCUCUAUACUGAAGAAGGUCUCUACCUGGAGUGGAAAGUGGAGGUGGAAGAGUUCAGCUUCAUUACCCAGUUAGCAGGCUUGACAGACCACCUACCAGUAGCAAUGCGACUCAUGGUGUCUACAGGAGAAGACGACCCUUAAAACUGACCAGCUUUGAGAGAUGAGAGGAGGAAAGUGUUAAUGAUAUUAAGAAAAUAUCAGAGGAUAGAAUGAACUAUUCUGGUGCCACGUGAGGAAAGAUGACCAGACCUGACCCAGCUACUCCCAGAAUGUUCCAAUGAUGGCGGAUAUAAAAAGGGAAGAAAUUGAAGGGGUUUUGGCCAAAAGCCACUGUCACAAGUUGCUCAGGCAACAGGGCAGGCCUCUACUCCAAUGCUUUCACUGUGGACCGAAUGGAACCAAGAUGGAAGUUCUAAUUCCUUCUGAACCAGUGCCAUUCUUACUAAAACAUGUUUUUAUACUAAUAUAUAGCACAAUUUAGUUUGUAAUUAGUCUGUGAGUAGUGCUGCUCAAUGUUUUUUUGCAUAAUUUCUUUGUAUAACUAAGAAGCUAAAGCUUUUUUCUUUUUUUUUUAGCCUGUUAAAGUUGUAGUAGCGUGCUUGCAUCAGUAGCAUGCGCCUGCACUGCAUGCCACUCUGAGAUAAAGUAGUAAGAUACCAUGGGGAAUAUCAGAAUGGAAAGUGAGUUCAAAAAUCAGAUACCAGCCAAAGCAAGGAAUUCUGGGACUGGCAAACUUUCUGUCAUUAAGGAUAAACCUAAAACAAACAACUCCCUUCAAUUUGCAGACCAGUAUCUUCCUGUCCAAUUUAAGGACAGUAAAAAGUAUUUGGAAUUAAGAC